CCCACACUCCUGCCUCUGCCCGCAACACACGUCAUCAUGUCUUGCAGUAAGAAGAGUCACUCCCACACUCUUGAAGCAGGCCUUAACGACCAAAGAGAAGCUCAGGGCCCGGGGGAUGCACAGGUUCCUGCCACUGAGAAGGAAACUGCCUCCUCUUCUCUCUCUCCUUCGAUCCAGGGCACCCCAGAGGUGGUGCCUGCUGCUGGAAAACCAAAUGUUCACCAGAGUCCUCAGGAAGCCCUCUCUUCCUCCACCACCAUCAAAGCCACUCCAUGGAGCAAGCCGCAGGAGGGCUCCAGCGGCCCCAAACAGGGUCCGAGCGCCUCCCAGGCUCCACCAGAUGCUGAGUCCUUGCUCAGUGAUGUGCUAAACCAGAAGAUGGUCGAAUUGGUGCAGUUCCUGAGCACCAAGUACGUCACGAAGGAGCCUAUCACAAAGGCAGAAAUGCUGAAGAGUGUCAUCAAAGAGCACAAGGGCCACUUCCCUGUGAUCUUCGGGAAAGCCUGUGAGUGCAUGGAGAUUGUCUUUGGCAUUGAAGUGAAGGAAGCAGACCCCAUCAACCACUCCUACGUGCUUGUCAAAACCCUAGAUCUCACCUACGAUGGGAUGCUGAGUGAUGACCACGGCAUGCCCAAGACCGGCCUACUGAUCCUUAUCCUGGGGGUGAUCUUUGUGGAGGGCAACCGUGCCCCUGAGAAGAAGAUCUGGGAGGUGCUGAGUAAGAUCGGAGUGUGUGCCGGGAAGAAGGAUUUCAUCUAUGGGGAGCCCAGGAAGCUCAUCACCAAAGAUUUUGUGCAGGAAAAGUACCUGGAGUACCGGCAGGUGCCCAGCAGCGAUCCUCCAUGCUACGAGUUCCUGUGGGGUCCCAGGGCCCACGCUGAAACCAGCAAGAUGAAAGUCCUGCAGUUUUUUGCCAAGGUCAGUGGCACUGACCCCUCUUCCUUCUCGUCCUGGUAUGAGGAAGCUUUGAGAGAUGAAAGAGAGCGAGCCCAGGCCAAAGUUGCUGCCACCGAUGCUACUAGGGCCACGGCCAGUGAAAGUUCCAGUGUCCCAUCAAGCAGCGUCUCCUGCCCUGAGUAA